CACGUUCGCUCGCUCAAAGCAUGCAUUCUCGCAUACCACACUCGCUUGGAUCCCGUCCGUGAACGACUUGAACCGGACUGCAUUCUGACCGCGUUCAACCUCUCGCCGCGGGAAAGGAGACCGACACGAUGAAGACGUUUGAAUUGCCCGCCGGUCUGCUGGCGAUGAUGUACGCCUUUGCCGUCACUGCCGACGCACAUUUUGUACCAAUCAACACAUCAGCAAAUAACACGUACGCAUCCUCCAUGCCGACGAGUACAUCAGCGAACAACACCUAUGCAUCUCCUGUACCGACAAGCACAUCAUGGAACAAUACCUGUUUACCAGCGACAGGCUCUGGACCGGACUAUGCGAAAUCGUGCAACGCCGAAAGGAAUUCCUACUCCGCGGCUUACGACUCAUGGACGAGUCUACACAACAAUGUUACAACGCUGACCGACUCGCUUGGUGGUGCGGUCAAAUUCCCCAUCAAGUAUAUCGCAAACGCCACCACACUGUGCGACCUCCAUCCGAGAGUAACAUGGGACCAUCCCGUCACCCUUUCCACUGGUACGGUCACCCGCUCUGAUGCGGUAACGGGAUACACCACCAUAACGCAGACCUUUGGCGUUGCCUACACCGGGCCAUCCCCAUCAUGUACGGUCCAGCCUUCCGACUGUGAUCCCCUCUGGGCUGCAUAUAGUAGCUCACUCACAGCGAAUGCCACGGCCACGUUCGCCACACCUUUGACCACGCCUUUCUGCCAGAACUCGUCCUUGGCUGAACACUAUUCGUCACUGAACUCAGGCAUUCGCGGCUGCGGCAAGUGCACCAUCUACGGUACGCACGUGCAGCUAGUCUACUGGCCAGAGCCGACGCAGAGCGUGUCUCUCACGCGAGACUACUGCGCGACCACGCCAACUGCGAAUUUGACAACGUACAAUUCCGAUGCAGUCAUCACGGCGUAUGCAGGAAAGUCGCUCGGUAAUGCUAGCCAUGUACCGACACCCACGGACCGAUCGAAACAGACCAUCACUACAGAUGGUCAUGCGUUCACCGAGGGAACUGCAUACAUCUCCAUUGGCUCAGUAUGGGCCGCCGAUCGUUGCUCGCAUACAUUCGGAACUGUCACAGAUGCCAUCCUGGCCAUGCCCUCUUCCUCUGUGCUCAGUCUUCGCUAUUUCCAAGAUCAUUUUCAACGACUCAUGGAGACGGACAAGAUCACGGGCUAUCCUGUCAACUACGGCGACUUCCAGACUCCAAUCCCGUGGUCCGCAUGGGUUGGUAUGAACCAAUGUACCCGCGGACCUUGGGGAGGUCCUCAAUGCGACGUCAUCGACGAGAGGUCGUAUUUGCCGCAACUGGCCAUUCCUCCGCAGAUCACAGAGCUGAGUCCGGACUUUAAGGAUUGUCAGAUGUGGUACAACGGGCUGUUUGACCCGCCGUUGGCGUUGACGGAGGCGAAGUCUGCGGAUGCGAUUACGAAUCCAUACGCGCAUUCGACACCGCAAGCGACAUCUGCGAAGCCAGCGCCGACCGCGGAACAGAACACGCUGCCGACCGGGCAUGGUGGGGAUGAAGGACAUAAUGAUGACAGCGGCGGAUCUGGGUCGAAUGACGAGCACGGGACCGCUGAUACGAUUCCGCAACCAGGGUCCGGAAACAAUGGGAACAAUAAUGGUAAUGGUCAAGGUCAGGGAAGCUCUGGAUCUGGCUCGGGCUCCAAUAAUGGUGGAAGUGGAGCAGGCAGCGUGAACAGUGGUUCUGGAUCGAACUCGAACUCGAAUAGUGGCAGUGGAAGCACUAACUCAGAAACGACCCCCAACAGCGGCAGCAACAACGACGACAACACAAAUGACAACUCUGGCGGCUCCGUCGGGUCGUAUAUCAACUCCGGCAUGUCUCCGAACUCCAACUCCAAUCCCAACGGCAACCAGAACAAUCCCUCAUCCGGCUCAUCUCCUUCAUCUGGCUCAUCUGGCUCAUCUGGCUCAUCUGGUUCAUCUGGCUCAUCUGGCUCCUCGUCGGAUAGCAACACCAACAACAACCAGCAAGCGGUAGCGCCCUGCCCUUCAAACGAACCUUGGACAUACACCUUCACACUUAGCAAUGGCCAAGAAAUCCACGCGACAGGCUCAAACAAUGUCGCCGUCAUCGGGACCGUGACCUGCGUGUUGAACGGUCCACCGCAGACUGUGGCAGAAGGCGUGACAGCGAGCUACCAGCCUGGAGGAGUGGUGUUCAAUGAAGUGCACGUUUACAGCUUCCCGAAUGGUAGCGGAGAGGACUCUGUAACAGCUACGCUGGACGGCGAUGUGCAUGUUGCAGUUCAAACCCAAGAUGGAGGAGUCGUGGUGGUUGAUGGAACUCCACUUACGCCUGGAGAUGAUGCGACCACACUGAGUGAUGGGGAGGUCCUCAGUGCUGCGACGAAUGGAGUCGUGGUCGUGACGAAAUAUACUGUCGGCCAGGCAGCGGUCUCUUCAAGCGCUACGCAAACUGGCAGUAGUCGGACGAGCGACGGGCCAGGAGGUAGUGCUACGAAGAGUGGGAGUGCGCCGGCGGCUUCAAGCAGUAAGGCCGCUGCCGCCGAACUUGUCUCUGCCCAUGGCAUCAGCUCGCUAGCGAUCGGACUGUUCGUUGUAGCGUUAUUGGGAGCUUGAGAGGCUCUGGGAGGAGACGGACUUGAAUUAGGCUGACAUCGAAGCGCUUGAUGUCACGUCGGCGGACUUCACGCCG